CCGGCCGCGGGGAGAGGUUCUCGGCAGAGAAGACAAAGCCCGCAGCAGCGAUGGGGGGAGAGCUGGGCUCUGCGCGUUGUGGGGGCCAGGAAAGGGUGCCAGGCUGGGGCUGGAACCCCCUGGCAAAGGAUGGGGUCCCCUCAUCCCUAAACAGCAAGCCAUCUCCCCUCGCCCGCCCCCCGCCCCCCCAGUCUCGGAGAUCUCAGAGGCACCGACUGGGAGGAAACACAUCUUCCACCUCUAAACCUUAGCUCCACCAAGCUCCAAGGGGAGAGAAAAGAAGGCAUAUGGGAAUGUUUUGCUGGACCCCAUACUGCACUCCCAGGCCAGGAAGCUCUGCAUCAGGAAGCCAGCGCCAUUUUCACCUCCUCUGGGAGGAGGACCUAUUAGAGCCUUUGCCCCGGCGUCGGUGACUCAGUGUUCGCGGGAGCGCCGCACCUACACCAGCCAACCCAGAUCCCGAGGUCCGACAGCGCCCGGCCCAGAUCCCCACGCCGGCCAGGAGCAAGCCGAGAGCCAACCGGCCGGCGCACUCCGACUCCGAGCAGUCUCUGUCCUUCGGCCCGAGCCCCGCGCCCUUUCCGGGACCCCUGCCCCGCGGGCAGCGCUGCCACCCUGCCGGCCAUGGAGACCCCGUCCCAGCGGCGCGCCACCCGCAGCGGGGCGCAGGCCAGCUCCACUCCGCUGUCGCCCACCCGCAUCACCCGGCUGCAGGAGAAGGAGGACCUGCAGGAGCUCAAUGAUCGCUUGGCGGUCUACAUCGACCGUGUGCGCUCGCUGGAAACGGAGAACGCAGGGCUGCGCCUUCGCAUCACCGAGUCUGAAGAGGUGGUCAGCCGCGAGGUGUCCGGCAUCAAGGCCGCCUACGAGGCCGAGCUCGGGGAUGCCCGCAAGACCCUCGACUCAGUAGCCAAGGAGCGCGCCCGCCUGCAGCUGGAGCUGAGCAAAGUGCGUGAGGAGUUUAAGGAGCUGAAAGCUCGCAAUACCAAGAAGGAGGGUGACCUGAUAGCUGCUCAGGCUCGGCUGAAGGACCUGGAGGCUCUGCUCAACUCCAAGGAGGCCGCACUGAGCACUGCUCUCAGUGAGAAGCGCACGCUGGAGGGAGAGCUGCACGAUCUGCGGGGCCAGGUGGCCAAGCUUGAGGCAGCCCUGGGUGAGGCCAAGAAGCAACUUCAGGAUGAGAUGCUGCGGCGGGUGGAUGCUGAGAACAGGCUGCAGACCAUGAAGGAGGAACUGGACUUCCAGAAGAACAUCUACAGCGAGGAGCUGCGUGAGACCAAGCGCCGUCAUGAGACCCGACUGGUGGAGAUUGACAAUGGGAAGCAGCGUGAGUUUGAGAGCCGGCUGGCGGAUGCCCUGCAGGAACUGCGGGCCCAGCAUGAGGACCAGGUGGAGCAGUAUAAGAAGGAGCUGGAGAAGACUUAUUCUGCCAAGCUGGACAAUGCCAGGCAGUCUGCUGAGAGGAACAGCAACCUGGUGGGGGCCGCCCACGAGGAGCUGCAGCAGUCGCGCAUCCGCAUCGACAGCCUCUCCGCCCAGCUCAGCCAGCUCCAGAAGCAGCUGGCAGCCAAGGAGGCGAAGCUUCGAGACCUGGAGGACUCACUGGCCCGUGAGCGGGACACCAGCCGGCGGCUGCUAGCGGAAAAGGAGCGGGAGAUGGCCGAGAUGCGGGCAAGGAUGCAGCAGCAGCUGGACGAGUACCAGGAGCUUCUGGACAUCAAGCUAGCCCUGGACAUGGAGAUCCACGCCUACCGCAAGCUCCUGGAGGGCGAGGAGGAGAGGCUACGCCUGUCCCCCAGCCCCACCUCGCAGCGCAGCCGUGGCCGUGCUUCCUCCCACUCAUCCCAGACACAGAGUGGGGGCAGCGUCACCAAAAAGCGCAAGCUGGAGUCCACCGAGAGCCGCAGCAGCUUCUCACAGCACGCACGCACUAGCGGGCGUGUGGCCGUGGAGGAGGUGGACGAGGAGGGCAAGUUUGUCCGGCUGCGCAACAAGUCCAAUGAGGACCAGUCCAUGGGCAAUUGGCAGAUCAAGCGCCAGAAUGGAGAUGAUCCCUUGCUGACUUACCGCUUCCCACCAAAGUUCACCCUGAAGGCUGGGCAGGUGGUGACGAUCUGGGCUGCAGGAGCUGGGGCCACCCAUAGCCCCCCUACUGACCUGGUGUGGAAGGCACAGAACACCUGGGGCUGCGGGAACAGCCUGCGCACGGCUCUCAUCAACUCCACUGGGGAAGAGGUGGCCAUGCGCAAGCUGGUGCGCUCAGUGACUGUGGUUGAGGACGACGAGGAUGAGGAUGGAGAUGACCUGCUCCAUCACCACCACGGCUCCCACUGCAGCAGCUCGGGGGACCCCGCUGAGUACAACCUGCGCUCGCGCACCGUGCUGUGCGGGACCUGCGGGCAGCCUGCCGACAAGGCAUCUGCCAGCGGCUCAGGAGCCCAUGUGGGCGGACCCAUCUCCUCUGGCUCUUCUGCCUCCAGUGUCACGGUCACUCGCAGCUACCGCAGUGUGGGGGGCAGUGGGGGUGGCAGCUUCGGGGACAAUCUGGUCACCCGCUCCUACCUCCUGGGCAACUCCAGUCCCCGAACCCAGAGCCCCCAGAACUGCAGCAUCAUGUAAUCUGGGACCUGCCAGGCAGGGGUGGGGGUGGAGGCCUCCUGCGUCCUCCUCACCUUAUGCCCACCCCCUGCCCUGCACCUCAUGGGAGGGGGCUUGAAGCCAAAGAAAAAUAACCCUUUGGUUUUUUUCUUCUGUAUUUUUUUUUCUAAGAGAAGUUAUUUUCUACAGUGGUUUUAUACUGAAGGAAAAACACAAGCAAAAAAAAAAAAAAAAGCAUCUAUCUCAAUCCUAAUUUCUCCUCCCUUCCUUUUCCCUGCUUCCGGGAAACUCCACAUCUGCCUUAAAACCAAAGAGGGCUUCCUCUAGAAGCCAAGGGAAAGGGGUGCUUUUAUACAGGCUAGCUUCUGCUUUUCUGCCCUGGCUGCUGCCCCCACCCCGGGGACCCCGUGACAUGGUGCCUGAGAGGCAGGCAUGGAGGCUUCUCCGCCAGCCUCCUCUGGACGGCAGGCUCACUGCCAGGCCAGCCUCCGAGAGGGAGAGAGAGAAAGAGAGAAGACGGCUUGAGCCGGGCCCCUGGGCUUGGCCUGCCGUGAUUCCACUACACCUGGCUGAGGUUCCUCUGCCUGCCCCGCCCCCAGUCCCCACCCCUGCCCCCAGCCCCGGGGUGAGUCCAUUCUCCCAGGUACCAGCUGCGCUUGCUUUUCUGUAUUUUAUUUAGACAAGAGAUGGGAAUGAGGUGGGAGGUAGAAGAAGGGAGAAGAAAGGUGAGUUUGAGCUGCCUUCCCUAGCUUUAGACCCUGGGUGGGCUCUGUGCAGUCACUGGAGGUUGAAGCCAAGUGGGGUGCUGGGAGGAGGGAGAGGGAGGUCACUGGAAAGGGGAGAGCCUGCUGGCACCCACCGUGGAGGAGGAAGGCAAGAGGGGGUGGAGGGGUGUGGCAGUGGUUUUGGCAAACACUAAAGAACCCUUGCCUCCCCGUUUCCCAUCUGCACCCCUUCUCUCCUCCCCAAAUCAAUACACUAGUUGUUUCUA